UGAUUGGAGAAUGAAGGUAAUGAAAAAUGGUUUUAUACAGCUAAGUCGGUUUUACUCCUUCCCAUAUUUCUCCAUCAAUAUUAGCCUACUCCUUUCAUCUUUUCCCGUUCCCAAAUAACGCCGAUCCGGUGCUGUUUCCUUUUCGAUCGCUUCUUCUUUGAUUCCUUCGUUCCAAAUCCAAAUUCAUUCAAUCAAUACUUUUCCGAACCCAUCACCUUUCUCUCGAUCCCCACAUGGACAACAACGGUGGCUCUACCAUAGCUUGCGACAAACUGGAUCGAGUGGCUUCCUGGUUCGGCAGCAACGUGGCUUCCGCCUUCUUCGCCUCCUUGGAGCGAUGCUCCUGCAUCAACCUCAGCACCACCGACAACGAUGAAGACGAGGAUGCCCACGACCGCCCUCUUACCUUCUCCAAGUCGGUUCUCCAUAUUGGAUCAGAGAUCGAUGCCAAACCUUUCAUAGAUUCCUCCAAGCUUCCUUGAUUAUAAUGCACGGACUUCUUCUACAUGUUUAUAAUCUUCUGGGGGUUUGUCAAAGUUUUCUGCCCCCCCCCUCAACAAACAACUCGAUAAUUUUUUUUUGUAUAGCUUGUGUUUUUUUUUUUUUAACGCUGUUUAUGAUUUUCACCAUGUUAACUUGUUGAAUAUGUGAUGAAAUAUAAAUGAUUUUGUUGUUUGCA